AGUGCAUACAUUAAUAAUAUGUGCAUUUUAGGCCAAGACUAGACUCAUGAACGUUUUCCCUUGAAUUUUUUGCCUAUCUCAAAUAACGUUGAUAAUUCCUACUAAUAUUUGUUGAAAAACCGGAAUAUCGAUAAGAAUGUCUAGUUUUUUAUAUUUGGUUUCCUACUUUGGUGCAGUUCCAAUUCAACUCCCAACAUGUAAUCACACAUAUUUCUUUGAGUACUCAAUACGUAUUUCUCUUAUUCAUUGAAAUAAAAUAUACAUGUCUCAAAAUAUAAGUUUUUUUUCUUCUCUUGAAAUCAUUUAAAAUCAAAUAAAUAUACAAAUUGAAUUUUGAAAAUUCACCAUCAUUUGAUUUCAAUCAACUGCUUUUGUGCCACGGUCGUCGGUUUGGGAAUAAACAAAGAAAGGGACCAAAGUAUUCUUUGAAACGGUAGCAAUAAAAAAUUAGCGUAAAGAAACAUUUUCUAGUUAUUAGAAUUCUAAAAAAAUCUACACCAAUCCAUCAAGAAUCAUCAAGCUUGUUGUGUAUGUGAAUAUAAGUUUGUUUAUUGAAAAAAAAGAAUGUUGCUACUUGUUUUACUGAUUUCCAUAACGAGCCAGCUGUUAGUAGUUAAAGGAUGGAUUGUUCCACCGGAAGAAUAUAUUGACGAACAUCCGGAAUAUCGUAACGGAAUACUUUUGUUUGGAACAAAAAAUGAAUUGAAAGAAGCAAAGAGAAUGUAUCAACAGAUAGUCUUAGCUGUGGGCAGAAUGUGGCCAUGUACGGGAGCAAGAUAUGAACGUGACCUUGUCAUCUAUUAUGAGUUUGAUUCUAAUUUCACUAACUCAUUUCCAUACAUUGUGCCUAGUUGCGAUUCUAUAGAGGCGAUUCGUGAUUGUUUCACUGCUGUCAAUACACCUAUAUCAGCGAUAGAAAAGAAGUUGACAGCAAAAAAGUUUAUGAAGUUUUCUGAAUUAUUUAAAACCGCAACAAAGGAUUUGGCUGAAUUGUAUUUUUCUGGUUUUAUUAAUAUAUGUUAUCGAGAAGAUUAUCCAAUCGUUAGAUGCUUAGAUUCUGUAAAUUUUGGUUUGAAUCACAACCACAAACGAUGCGUACAUUAUAAACUUGAUGAAUCGAAAUUGAAACGCUAUCAAUUUUUUGAUGUGCCAUAUUUUAAAAAUUCCAAAGGAAUUGAGGAGUUAGCAAUUAAUAAAUAUUUUCGUCCUUUACGUGCAAAUUAUAGUGAGUUUUAUCAAUACGUUGAGGAGAGAGAAAAAUAUACAAAAAAAUUGAAGCGAGAAAACACAUUCGAGCAAUACAUUCAGAUGAAUAAUGAAACGAAUGAAUGUAUUGGUGCAGCUGAAUGAUGAUAAUGUGCAAGUAAGUUGUGAUUGUUUCGAACCGACUCGUAAUUGCUUGCGUCGUAUCAAUACAACAUUGCCCAAUUACCGUGCUAACGAAUUUUUCAUUCGAAAUGGUGAAUUUGGCUGUUAUAAGGAAGAUUAUCCUAUUGUUAGGUGCUUAGAGUUCGGUUAUAGUUAUAUUAUAAAGAACGGUUAUAUCAGUUAUAAAGAAAAAAUAAAACGAUGUGUACGUUAUGAAUUGGAUGGAUCAAAACCGAAAAAAUAUCAGAAAUUUGAUGUACCAUUUUUCUAUGAUUCCAAAAAUCCUAAGGAAUUUAAUUUCAAUAGUGUAGUGACGACACGUUAUGACAUUCGUUCUAUGUUG